GGAGGAGGCGGCGAUUGGCUGCCCCGGCCUGUCAGUCGGAAAGGCCAAGUUCCAUUGCGGGACCGCCUCGCUGCGCGAGCCGGGCUUGGCUGCUGCUGCUGCCGCGGCGGCUGCGGGGGAGCUGGCCGGCUGCUGCUGGGGCUGAUGGAGAAGUGAUGCUGGCUACCGGGAACCGGGCGGCAGCAGCGGCAGGACCAGGACCAGCCGUGGGAGCCCAGCUGACCCCUCCGUGCUGCCAGCCGGGCGAAGACAGCAAAGCCAGCUGGUUUAUCAAUAUGCAACCAGCACUUGUUCAAUAUGAGGUGGAGAAGGCGAGAUGAAAAAUGGCACAGAACGAAGAAUUAUGAAAUUUUGGGCAUGGCACAGCUAAGCAAAGAAGAGCAAUUAAUGAAGAGAGAAAAAUGGAACAUUUUCUAAGUUGGCAGUGUACUCCCUGUGACGGCAGAUCUGAAGUCAACUUGAGAACUUCAUCGAGUGAAGAACGUAGGGGCCACAUUCUUAGUGAUGUUCCUGAAGGAAGCAAGUAACUCCUAUAUUCUCUAAUCUGCACUCGUUUCCAGCGUCUUACAAAAUGCAAUUAUGCACUUCAGAAUAAUACCAUAAAGGAUCAUCAUUUUAAUCAGCUAUUGACUACAGUUUGGGGACCAUACAUAGAUUCCACGCCUUGCUGCUUUUUAUAUGAAAUAAAUGAAAAUUCCAAGAAAUAGAAGCUGCUGCUAUACAAAGAAAGAAAAGACAAAGUAUCUUCAGGGUUAAUAGCCUCCAACUGAGAUCCAUGAACAAUUACACAGUUAUUUUUCUAUAUCGAACUUUAAGGUUUGUUAAUAAUAUGUUGCCUUUGCGGGACACAGAGGUGCUAAUGGUAAGAAGGCUAUUUAUUCACUAUACUGAAUAGAAGAGCUACAGAAACAAUGGCUUCCAAGGUCUCAUGUUUAUAUGUUCUGACAGUAGUUUGUUGGGCAAGUGCUCUUUGGUAUUUAAGUAUAACUCGUCCUACUUCUUCCUACACUGGCCACAGACACUUCAAUACUAUAUCGAUAGCCAGGAAAAAUGUCUCCUUUGGUAAUAUAAGAACUCGACCUAUAAAUCCACAUUCAUUUGAUUUCCUUAUAAAUGAGCCUAAUAAGUGUGAGAAGAGCAUCCCUUUCCUAGUCAUUUUGAUCAGCACGACUCACAAAGAAUUUGAUGCAAGACAAGCAAUUCGAGAGACAUGGGGAGAUGAAAACAACUUUAAAGGCAUUAAAAUAGCCACUCUCUUCCUUCUUGGGAAGAAUGCAGAUCCUGUAUUAAAUCAGAUGGUAGAGCAAGAAAGUCAAAUUUUUCACGACAUUAUUGUGGAGGACUUCAUUGACUCUUAUCAUAACCUUACUCUUAAAACGUUAAUGGGUAUGAGGUGGGUGGCCACAUUUUGUUCAAAAGCAAAGUAUGUUAUGAAGACAGACAGUGAUAUUUUUGUAAAUAUGGAUAACCUUAUUUAUAAACUGCUCAAACCCAACACCAAGCCAAGGAGAAGGUACUUUACUGGUUAUGUCAUCAAUGGAGGACCAAUAAGGGAUGUCCGCAGUAAAUGGUACAUGCCCAGAGAUUUGUACCCUGAUAGCAAUUAUCCACCGUUCUGUUCAGGCACUGGCUACAUUUUUUCAGCUGAUGUAGCAGAACUCAUUUACAAAACCUCCCUCCAUACCAGACUUCUUCAUCUUGAAGAUGUGUAUGUGGGACUCUGUCUUCGGAAGCUUGGCAUUCACCCUUUCCAAAACAGUGGCUUCAAUCACUGGAAGAUGGCCUACAGCUUGUGUAGAUAUCGCAGAGUGAUCACAGUGCAUCAGAUAACUCCAGAAGAAAUGCACAGAAUUUGGAACGACAUGUCAAGCAAGAAGCAUCUCAGAUGUUAAGAUUUUUACAGAUGUAAAUACUUUUUUUUUUUAUUUUGGCAGAAAGGAAUCGGAUAAUUUAUAGGCAAAUUAACUUUGAGGAGGGUUUUAAUAACUGCUUUUGCAUUCUUGUCUUGACUCCUGGUUUGCACCCUUCAGACUCUAUUCAUAAAGACAUUACAAAACUUAAAGGGGCCAGAGUCAAAUCUCAGAAUCAUUGCUCCCUAUCACAACAUUUAAAAAAAUCAGCUCUUGCACCAGUAUGUAUAAGAACAGUAGUAGCUAACCAGAGCUGCAUAACAAUUCAUGCCCAUGCAUCUGAGAUGAGAGUCUGGCCCUAAAAAAUGAAGAAUCAUAUUAACAUCUUUAUCUCAUCCUCACAAGGUAUAAGUGUCCCUUUUUAGGGUUCUAUUCAUAAAUAUACACACAAAUAUAAAAAAAAUAUACUCAGUGUGUGCAUUUACAGCUUGAGUGCUAUCUUUGCACUGAUUUUAUACACCUAUAUUGGCAUGUACAUUUUACUAUACAGUAUGUGCAGUUUAAAAAGCAGUUUAUUGCUGGCAGAAAGGCAGAAUUUAAACAAGUGUGAAUAUAACAUUGAAAAUGAAAAUAGUGUAGGUCUUAGAAACAACACUACCUGCCUGAAAGUUAUUUAUUUAAUAAAACCACAUAACUCCCCCUAACUAAAAGAGCCCUAUCUAAUAUAAUCUUACAAUGAAAUAUAAUUUGUUUGUGAAAUACAAGACAAAGAAAAUGUCUUCAACAAAAAAUAAAAAUAAAAUAAAAUGUGUAUUUGGGAUAAAGGUACUUAAUAUACUUCAACAUUUUCUUUUUAAAGCAAGUGCAGCAUAUCUCCUUAGGACGUGUAAAGAUAUAUAUGCACUAACAGCAAUACUAUUGUGGUACAGUAUUAUUGGAAUAGACAGUAUUAUCACCAAUAGAAUUUUCAUAAAUUAUAGUGUCUGCCAGAGCAAAUAUGUAAUUUUAUUGAAUAAUGAAAAAUAUCAAUAAAAUAAUCCUUUCCUACUGUCUUACUGAUUAGAAGCAAGUUUACAGUCUCCACAUCACUCAGUAUAUCAUUAAAAUUAAACACAACAUAUGGUACUUAAAGCAUUUUGCUUUCUUAGAGCUAAAUUCUGCUUUUUACCACAGUGCGCUCAUUGCAGAAAAUGUAAUUACUCAAGAUUUAUACCAGUGUAGCAGAGGAGAAUUUGGACCACACAAAAAAUACUCUUGGGCAACAGAAGGAAAGUAUAAUAGCAGUUAUGUGGAUCUCUCAAGGGGAGAAUAGAUCCUCACAGCAAAAUCAAGAAUAUUUAGAACCAACAUGUACAUAAGCCAAAUUCUAGUCUUUGUUUCGCAUGUGGAGCUCCCAGUGAAGUCAUUAUUAAACCAAGAAGUCACUGAGGCCCAAUUCAGGAAAGCAUCUCAACUCAGGACAGCCCUUAAGCACACGCUUAACUUUAAGUAUGGGAUUGAAGUCAAUGGGACUCAAGAACAUUCUUAAAUGUUAAAUACAUUCUUAAGUGCUUUCCUGAAUCAGGGCCUGGGAGCUGAGCACACAGAUCCCAGGGCAGAAUUUGGUCUUCAGACUGCAUAACAUGUGUCUUCUUAAUUUAAAUUUUCCCCUCUAGGUACAAAUGCCGUUCCCCUUUAGGAUUCCCUUUCCUUCCGUGGCCUCUUUCUACAGUAUAACCUGCUUCCUCAUGCUUGCUCUUCUCUACUCCUGUCUCAGGCCUGUGCAUAUAAUGAGAAGGCAAUAGAUGUCAGAAGCACAUCUCUCCAACCUUUAUGUAUACUAGUGGAGGGAGAUUAUUGAAAAAUAUUUUCUGUUUGAAUCAUUAAAGAAAUGUGCUUUCACUGCCUUCACACAAGUGUGCUUUCUGAUAAUAUUCUUGCAGGAUGUUCACUGGAACAAACAGAUCUAAACAAAUAUUCUAGAGUAUUCAUGGAAAUUGAAUUUUCACCUAGUAAACAUGACUAUUCUCACUCAAAAUCUGAUAGUAACAGAUAUCGUCAUUCAUCCAGGUGACCUAAAUGUCCAAUCAAAACAACUAAAAUUUCAAAUAUUAAAUAUUUACAGUUGGAGACGGUCAAAAAAAUCCAAAAAUAAUUUUGUAAAAAAAUUCAAAAUGUUGAUCUUGUUUUUGUUUUGAAUGUGCUCAAAAUGAAACUGUUACUCAUUUUUUGUAAAAUAUUUAUCAUUUUUCAAAACGGUUAUCUAAAAUUUUCAUGUUCUGAAAAGUUAUUUUAAGAAAGUGAACAUUUCUAUAACCAUUUUGACAACACAUUUGACAUAUUUUCUUAAAAAAUUAAAGCGGCACAGCAUGUUUCAUAAAAACAAAUUUGACAACUGACAUUUUUUCACAAAAGAAAAUCAUUUUUGAAAAAGGCCAUCAUUGCAUGAAGAGUUUUGUCUGAAAAAUUUCAGCCAAAUGUAUUCACAAUCCAAUCCAAGAAUUAUUUGCUGAAAUUAAUUAUUCAGAAAAUAAUUUCAGCAAAAAGAAUUCAAGAAUAUUGCUGCAUGUUCACAGUUUGCAAACUGAAAGAGGCAAAAUUCAUCAUAAAAGUUAUAGCUAUGGAUUAUUCAGCCAACACUGGUGUCCAGUGUUGUGUAAACAGAAGGAUAGUAAGUCCAUAUAUCAUUCAGGAUAUCCAUAGGGAAGCAGUAUGAAAUAAUUGAUUCAUUGUUUAAGUGAAAUCUGUGAAGUAAUUUUGCCUUUAAUAUUAUCUGUUGUUAAUAUCAUGCCAUAGGUGUACAUAGCACUUUAUAAACAAGUAUACGAACACUCCUCCACUAAGGAGCUUACAUUCUAGUGACAAAUCCUGCUAACCGUAUUCACAUAGCAGUAUUACUGAUUUCAAUGGAACUACUUGUAUAAAUCAGGUGAGGAGGAUUUGGCUUUUAAACCACACUACAUAGUGCAGUGCGUGAAAACAAUAGGUAUGGAGCUUUACUUCAGAGUUAGAAGUGAAGCUAUACAGUAGUUAGCCCAAUAGUUGCUGCUAAUUUAUAACUACAGUAGCAUGUGUAUCCUUAGAAAAAAUCCAGAAAUGUUGGCUAUGAACAUUGAAUUUGCUACAAAAAAAUCAAGAUAUAUCCUUCUCAGCUGACCUAGUCCUUGAUAAAGCUGUUCUUGCUUCCUGCUAAACUCAGAACUCUAAGAAAACAAAGUUCAACUGUUUGCACAUAUGCAUUUGAUACACGCACACAGAGUGAAUUUCAUCUUUUCACACACAAGCCCAACUAUGUGCAGGUAACUAAAUGGAGGGUGAAAGAUGGAAUUCACCCCCAGCUCAUGGGUAAACCACAGACUGCAAUGCAAUCUCUCCAUGGACACUUACUGUAACUGUUCCAACCAAUAAGCUGGAAUAGCCUCUGCUGUAUCUCCGCAUACUGUGCGGGGAUAUUGGGCCCUGGAUCCAAAAACUUAUAAAUCCUGUGACCUUACCUCCAGCCAUUCACACUCAGCAGCGAGACCAUCCCUCUGUAGCCCAUGAGGGUCACAGAGCUCCUAUUCCCAUCAUUGCAGGGCUUGAGCUUGGAGGGCCUUGAAUUUCCUCCUUUAUAAGCAAACUGCCUCAGACAGCCUAAAAAUUGUAUUAACAAUUAGCAAGUACAUCUUGAAAAUACUAUUUCCUGGUGUUUAUAAAUAAAUAGUUUUUCGACAGAAAUGUAAAUAUUCAUCCUGGAACUCGUACAUAUGUUUUGAAGGCAUUUUCUUCAGUAUUCAGCUGUAUAUAUGUGUAGAGUCUGCUUGCGAUGGAACAUUCUGUUAUGCAUGCGGCUGGGUUAGGCAUUAUGUUUGUUCAGUGCUUCAAGAGCCUUAAGCAUGUGUGCCCUAAUUUUUGAAUAUACGAGACUUUUUUAUGUCAGGUGAAAUAAAACAUGAACUAAUUUUCUAUUUUUAUUAAUUUUCUGAUAAUGUACUUCACUAGCUCUUUACUACCAUGAUAUGGAUUUAGUAUUUUCUCAUUGCUCAAAAAAUAGAAUAUGCAAGCCACAUCUGGAAAGGAGGAAUAUGUAUGGUCCUAAAACGGACACACUAUCCCUCUAAUCCAAAAGUAUUUGUGUUGGACUGAACAAGGUUAAAUAGCAACAAGCAAUGUUUGCAUUGGGCGUCCUUCAAUCAAAACAAAUAUUUGUGUUAAAGGUCAUUUUGUUUUGUUAAGAACAGAGCAAAUGACAAUUUAAGAGUGCUGGAUUUUUAAAUCACUUUAAUCAAAAUAUGAAUACAGUCAUAGUUGGAUUUGAUUGAAUUGUAGCUGAAGUAAGCACAUGUACCAAGAAGCUGGGGUGGGCGGGAGGGAAAAAUGUCUCUUUUGGAGGAAUUUUUCACUGUAGCAUUUCCUGUCAGAUGACUUGGGAAUACUUCAGUGAGUACUCAAGAUUCAUUUUCCAUCUUUCCUAAUAUUUAGAUUCAGUGCAGAUAUUGAUUCUUUAUGGGGAUUUUUUUAAAAACAUAGAUGGCAAGGGCAAUUUAUAAAUGAAGGAAGUAAUUAAUUAGAAAAGCGUGUUGAUAGCAACUGAACUUUAGGUGUAUCAUUAUAUGUGAAUGGCUGUAUUUAUUUGUCAAAAUUGUAUGUAUUGUUUUACCUACCGUAAGUGUCUGUAAAAGUGAAUUCUUUCAAAGUAUUAUUUCAGGGUUUUGUGGGAUUGCCAGUCAAGCUGCUAAUCAAGAUACUAUUUUUUGUAUAAAUGUCAAAUUAAAAAAAAACAACGAACAAAUGAAGGCAAAUGAAAAACUGACAGUGUCGAUGUACAGUUUGCUUCUUCACCUCUCUCUUUCUCAACAUGUAAGCUAUUAUCAGAAAGCACGAUGCUAAUGUAUAGGCACAUCUGCCAUGAGAAAGAGCACUGUUCUGUAAAAGAUGAUUUUUUUUAAACAUUGGGAAAAAUAAACAAAAGGA